AUGGGAAGCUGCCAGAGCAGACUCCUUCUUCCAGCCUUGGCGCUCGUCUCUGCACUGGCCGGAGAGCCAGCGCAGUGCCCGGCAGGUUCCUUCUGCCCUCCAAAGAGUGCGGCUCCGAUCCUGUCUCCCGGCGGGCAAUUCUGCCCCUUUGGCAGCUCCCAGCCGACGGAUUGUCCGGAGAAACAGCACUGUCCCUCCAACAGCUCUCGGCCCCAGCAGUGUCCAGCCGGAUCCUUCUGCCCAAGUGCGUCGGCAGCUCCGGUGAUUUGUCCACUGGGACAUUUCUGCCCCAACGGAAGCUCUGAACCGAAGAAGUGUCCUGCAGGAUAUAGAUGUGAAAGCCACCUCGACAUCAGAACUCUGCUUGCUCCUGAAGGGCUGGUCCAGUGGAAUCAGCUCAUGAGCAGCGCCAAGAAGUUCGCACUCGUGCGGGGAGAGCUGCACUCCAUGCUGAUGGUGAAUCACCAACUUUGGGCACGGGGCGACAACCGCAAUGGCCAGUUGGGGAUUGGCAGCACGGUGAAUCCAGAGUUGCCCACGAAGGUCGCAAUCAACGAACAAGUUGCGGCGAUUGCUGCCGGCGUAUAUCACAGCUUGGCAGUGACAGCCUCCGGUGAGUUGUACACCUGGGGCAGCAACAAUCACGGUCAGUUGGGGAUUGGGAGCAAAGAGAAUCAGCUUACUCCGACCAGGGUGUUGACCACGGAGAAGUUUGUGGCCAUUGCUGCCGCUGGAUAUCACAGUUUGGCUUUGACUGCGUCUGGAGAGGUGUACACAUGGGGCCGCAACCAUGGGGGGCAGCUGGGAAUUGGCAACACGCACGACCAGCUUCGUCCGACCAAAGUCUGGAGCGACAAGAGAUUUGUGGCCAUUGCUACUGGUAAUUGGCACAGUUUGGCUUUGACAGCCUCUGGCGAAUUGUGGACAUGGGGCGGGAACAAUGUCGGACAGCUGGGCAUUGGGAACAGGCAAGAUCAGCUUACUCCGAUCCAGGUUUCGAACUACCACAGGUUUGUGGCUAUUGAGGCUGCUUGGGACCACAGUGUUGCCCUGACUAGUUCGGGCCGUUUGUGGACAUGGGGUCGCAACGACGAUGGGCAGUUGGGCAUUGGCAGCACGAGCGAACAGCUCCGGCCGACACAAGUCUCGAGCGGCGAGGCCUUUGUGGCCAUUUCUGUGAGGGAUUAUCACUGUAGUAUGGCUUUGACGGUCUCUGGGGAGUGGUGGGCUUGGGGCCGCAUUGGGCAGUUUGGAAUUGGCCAUACAAAUUGUCAGACAAGGCCGACGAAAGUCUUGAGCAACCAGAGCUGUGCAGCUGCUGCUGUGGCUGUGACCCAUUUGUACGCAUGGGGCAACAACGGUGUCGGGCAGUUGGGAAUUGGCAACACUGAGAGACCGGAUUCGCCGACGAAAGUCUCCAACGCCUUCUUUGAAGACAAUAGUGAUGACGCUCCCAAGCAGUUUCUCGCUUCGAAGUGGCGCAGCUGCGACGAGAUGUUUUGCGGAGAGGACUUGGCGACGACCAUGAAGAACGCCUGGUGCGAAGUCUCACCCGGCAGCGCCGUGCAGUGUGGCAGUGUCUACCGGCGAGCUCGUCACUGCUCGGCUCAGGAGACCUUUCGUGGUUUCCUCGGCGCCUCCGAAGCUCUCCCGUGUGAGGCUGGAACGUACUGCCCGGAAGGCAAGGGAUUCGCUCUCCCUUGCCCAGAAGGUCAUUUCUGCAACCGCAGAGCCGGUCAUCCUGAACCUUGUGCCAGUGGAUGGGUUUGUCCAGCCGGAACGUCCAACGAAACCACGCCUGGCGUGCAGCAUGCAGCAGCUGCCGAAGCAGGUUCUGAUGCUGGCAGGAUGGAAGAGCAGCAAGUUGUGGUGUCAUUGGCAGUGAUGAUAGCAUUGGUGGUUGGCGCAGGGAGGGCAUUCUGGGGCAAGGGGUCAAAAAGUUUGGAAGUGGCAGUGCUGGAGCGAGAUCCUUCCGUUUUUCCUGUGACACGUACAGUCCAGGAUGGGAAGCGCUUGGUUGCUGUUGAAUGCGCUGGUGUGAGCAUUCACAAUGUGCGGAUUGAGUAUGAUGGUCGGAGCAAAGGAAGGAUUCAAAUUGACCGGAAGGAGGCACUCGGUCUACGAGCCAUUUCCUGGGAACGGGACUUCCAGUUUGAUGAUGAGGGCAGCUGGUUCGAGUGGUUGCAAUCAGAGACGAGGUGUGAAGAUGGCCUCCUGGUGAUUCCCUUCCAGCCGGUGGCUCCGCAACGGCAGGUACUUCGGGUUCCGCAGGUCUUUCACAUGGGCGACGACCCAUGCGACGAUGCGCCCGAGACGACGGAUGCGAAGGCGUCCAAGAGUGAAGUGGUGUCAGUGACCAGCUUUGAUCUCAGCUCUGCAAGCAAAACCGGUUCAUCUUGGCAACGUUGCUGA